ACAGCUCUACAAUCUCUUGGUCAAAACGUGUUUUUGCCAUCAAGAGACGCCUUUGGUGACUGGUCCAGUUGGUGAAAACUUCAAGACUUAGUCAGUAGUUUGAGGUGUUGAUUGUGACUAUGACAGCCACUGUGGAAUCUCGUUUAAUGCCGAGUUUAUGGUGCAAACGCAUGGAUCCGGUAGACGUGGUGAGUGAACACGUGCGUGUAACAACCGAAGAAAGUGAUCGAGUGGCUGCGACCAUUCCAUCGGAAAUGCGGGUCCAAUACCAGGAGACGUCUCCCUCGGCGACCCUUGACAUUUUUGGAACGGAUCUCCCCAACGACUCUCCGAUCUUCGUGUACCUUUCAGGUGGAUAUUGGCAGGAAUUGUGUGGAGCCAUUUCAUCAUAUCCGGUGAUGCCCAUGUAUCAAAACGGGAUCGUAUCAGUGAUCCCCAACUACGGUCGGGCGCCCAAGGUGACAAUGAGUGACAUAGGGGAGGAGAUCAUUUCGUUAGGUCAAUGGUUGGUCCAAUUUGCUCAGAAACGAAAAUGCAGGUCGAUUGUCUUGUCUGGCCAUUCCGCUGGCGGACAUUUGUGUGCCACGCUCAUGUCGUCACCUUGGUUUGAUUCUCUCACCGAAGAAGAGCGGUCCUUGUUCCGUGGCAUGUUCCUUUUAGGAGCUUGCCUGGAUCUGACCGACAUUCCCAAGACGUCCAUAAAUGAUCCUUUAAGACUGACCGAAUCUGAGGUGAGGAAGUUUUCCCCACUCCAAGACCACAAUCUGAAGAGGGCUCGUCAGAAUUCGGCCAAGAUGCAAACUUUUCUCAUUUACGGGCAAAACGAUGCACCCGGAUUAAUUGACCAGGGAAGGAAGUACGCCGAGGCAUUGAAGGAGCUUUCUCCGCAUUGGAUGAGGAUUCCCGAGAGAGACCAUUUUAACUUGGUCGAGCAUUUGGCCGAUCCAGACUAUGUGGUCACCAAAUUGAUCUUGACAACCUUAAAGGGCCAAUCCAACGAGUCUUCACGUUAAUAAUGUAUUGAGACCAAUAUUCUUAAUGGAGCGAUAUGACAGAUUGA